AUGGCCUCUGUUAUGACGGCGAACUUCAAAGACGCUUCUGACGCGACGAUGGAGAGCGAGGCAAUGGCUUUGGAAGCGGUGGCUGCCUUUGUGUUAAUUGCCAAGAAUGAAGAUUUGGCCCGGAUUCUUCAAACCAUCAGACACAUGGAGGACCGGUUUAACCGCCGAUUCCACUACGACUGGGUGUUUCUCGGCACAGAAGAGUUUUCGCUGGAGUUCAAAGAGACUAUCACUGCGUAUACCUCCGGUGCUAUUAAAUACAGCCGCAUUCCCGCUGAUCAAUGGACGGUCUCGCCGGGGAUUAAUAAGCCCGACUUUGAAAAGCAACUUGCCGCGCAUGUAGAAGAGACAACACUCGCGCAUGAUAUCCAAGAAAUGUACAAAAACCGCUUCCAAGCAGGGUUUUUGGCCAGACAAACGGUUUUGGAGGAAUACGACUACAUUUGGAAGCUUAAGCCGGGGGCUGAAAUCCAUUGCGACGUCGACUACGACGUGUUCCGCUACAUGAAGGAUAAAUCCAGUGAGUACGGCUUUGCCAUCGCUUAUCCGAACAUAACACCGGCGGUGGAGUCUCUCUGGAAAGCUACGCGUGCCUUUAUGAAGGAACAUCCGCAGUAUAUUGUGAAAGAUAAUCUGAUGGAUUUCAUAUCUGAUGACGGGGGUGCUAGCUACAACGGCUGCCUCUACGAGAGGAAUUUUGAAAUUGCGUCCUCCACGUUCUGGAAGUCAGAGGCAUACGUCAAGUAUUUUGAGUAUUUAGAUAAACAGCCGGGUUUUUUUGAGUUGGACAACCAUUGGUUGGAUGGGAUGGUGGCCACCAUUGCCACGGCGUUGUUUUUACCUCGCCAGUCGAUUGAGUUCUUCCAGUAUCUAGGGGUCUAUUCCGAGCCCAUGACCGCGUGCCCGAUUGAAAAAGCGAUGAGAGUUGCCCAUAACUGCGGUUGUGCCUCCAACGUGGACUUCACGUGGCGCAUGUUCUCGUGCGUUCCGCGACACUUCAAAUUGCAUCAGAUGGAAAAACCCGAGGGCUGGGAGCUUUAUGGGCUGUAGGUAUUGAGUAAACUAAUAUAUGCCAAAUGUCCAUUGCACUAGCUGAAUACGAGGGAAAUUCUUAUAUAUGGUAGCAAGUUGAAUGGAUACUAGAAGAGGCUUAGUGCUAUGAUUAAACCGCUCUCAAUAACGGUUCUCUAUUAUUCUUCGUGACUUUCGGUGAUAUUUGUUGCACGGUUAACUUGUCCUUUUGAGUCUUAUGCCUCAAGCCCUACUCGUAUUAAAGAUGUCAUUUAAUUAGAUAGACAUCGUCGACCGAUAUCUUACCCCUGGUCUGGCUAUUGUUAUACAUCUUAUAUCGGAAAUUUCGGUAUCAUAUCUUCCUUCAUUAUAUAAGGAUAUCGAUUCCUCCUCUUCUUGUUUAU